AGAUUUUGUAUUCCGUUUCUCGGACCCCAACGAGGCAAAAUCCAGCAAGGCUUCUCGCGGAGGCUCUCUUUCCCUUUCUCUCUCCUGGCGAAAAGAGGAAGAAUUCGAGGGAAGCGAAAAGGGGCAAGAAAUCUAUCGUCUUUUUCGAAUCGGAAGUGAUGGCAUCCUCUUCAGAUUCAUGGUUGAGGGAGUUAAAUGAAGCCUCCAAGCUCGCAGAUGAUAUCGGUGCCAUGAUUUCUGAAAGAGGUUCUCUGCCUCCAUCGGGACCAGAUACCCAACGUCAUACAUCUGCCAUUCGGAGGAAGAUAACAAUUCUUGGGACUAAACUUGAUAGUUUGGAGUCCCUGCUCUCCAAGCUUCCUAGCAAACAGCCAAUAUCAAAUAAGGAGUUGCAUAAGCGCCGGGACAUGCUCUCAAAUUUGAGAUCUAAAGCAAAACAGAUGGCCUCUACAUUAAAUAUGUCAAACUUUGCUAAGAGGGAAGACUUGCUUGGACAAAGUAAAUCAACUGAUGAGAUAAAUAGAACUGCAGGAUUGGAUAAUCAUGGUGUUGUUGGUUUACAGAGGCAGAUUAUGAGAGAGCAAGACGAGGGCCUUGAGAGGUUGGAAGAGACAGUGCUGAGCACAAAACAUAUUGCAUUAACAGUUAAUGAGGAGUUGGAUCUGCAUACAAGAUUGAUCGAUAACUUGGACCAUCAUGUGGACUUAACCGGUUCAAGGCUCCAGCGAGUGCAAAGGAGACUAGCAAUUCUUAACAAGCGCACAAAAGGUGGUUGUUCGUGCAUGUGCCUGCUCUUAUCGGUUGUUGCUAUGGUAAUUCUGGCUGUUAUUGUUUGGGCUCUUAUCAAAUAUUUGUAGAAGUGGCACAAAAUUGUCACUACACUUCAUCACUGUGAGCUUUCUCUAUAAUUUGCAAGAGUCAAUAGGAAGCUAGCCUCGUGUGUUCGAUGCGGAGGCUUCAUUUGAUUUUCCUGGCUAAAGCAAACCAAUCGUGGAAAAUGAUGUUUAUAAGAGAAUACUUUAUUGUGGAUCAACACUUGAUUGUAAUGUUAAGAGUGUGUUUGUCUUGAAG